CCCUCACAUGACGUUUCCCUCCUCCUCGCCUCCUUCCUUUCCGCCUCGUCCUCCGCUGCUAGCAGCAGAGUUAGCAGUAGCUUCUUUAGCCUUCAGCAGCUGUCGGUGGCAGUCAGUCAGCCGGCCUGUCAGUCCGAGUAGUGCUGCAUUUAUAAUCGUCCUCCCCCUACUUCCCCUCCGCAGAAAAACCGUGGACGGCAGGUUCGUUUCCUCGGAAGCCAGCUACACCACCUUUCCGGGCUACCUGCAGGAAAAUAACUUAUUCUCUUCGUUAAGAAAGGAAGAAGCCCCGGGAUAUGGCAAGAACAGAACAAGUCCUGGUGCUAGAGCCACAACACGAACUGAAAUUCAGAGGUCCCUUUACAGAUGUUGUCACGGCCACUCUGAAGCUCACCAACCCCACAGCGAGAAAUGUGUGUUUCAAAGUCAAGACAACCGCGCCCCGCAGAUACUGUGUGCGUCCAAACAGUGGCGUCAUUGAUGCUGGAACCUCCAUCAAUGUUUCUGUUAUGCUACAGCCUUUUGACUACGACCCAAAUGAAAAGAGUAAACAUAAAUUCAUGGUUCAGUCCAUGAUCGCUCCGUACGACAUGACUGAUAUGGAAGGAGUCUGGAAGGAGGCAAAGCCUGAAGAGCUGAUGGAUUCAAAGUUGAGAUGUGCAUUUGAGAUGCCUCUAGAAAAUGACAAAACUCAUGAGAAUGAAAGCAACCAAACUGUGUAUUCCUCUGCCUCCUCUGUUAAGACUGAGCACUCAGUGCUGCCCAAGUCAGCCAGUGCCUCACUGGAUGAUGGAGAGGUGAAAAAGAUCAUGGAGGAGUGCAAGCGGCUGCAGAUGGAGGUCCAGAGGCUACGGGAAGAAAACAAACAGAUCAGGGAAGACGACGGGCUGCGGAAGAGAAAGGUGACCUCAAUGGCCACUCCUCACUCUUCUCCCACCAUGGCAACCUCAACCAUGAGGGACGAAGGUCUAAGCACCCGCCUCCUGGCACUCUGCGUGCUCUUUUUUGUCAUUGGAGUCAUUGUUGGCAAGUUGGCCCUGUAGAGACACAGUCAAACAAGAGCACAGUAACGGAUGGACGGACGAAUGGCCUGCUCCAGAGGAUGUGUCCAUGACGACAAUGGGGAUGUCUUGUUGGUUUAUGUUGAUCUCUCUUUUUUUUAACAUUUAA